AGUAGCUAACCAACGUAUUAUCUUGUUAGUUGUGUACGAGAUUUCCUUAAGAGACAUAACGCUAUGUCGAGAAACGUAUUUUUAUUAUUCUUACUUUCAUUAACCUUGUAUCAAUUAUGUUUAAUUACAAAAGCUUAUCCUACGUCAGAAGGAUUAUUAGAAGAAGAGAAAAUAACUUGUGGAUAUGAAUCAUGUCCAGUUAUACAACCAAACAAAUUAAAUAUUCAUCUGGUACCUCAUACUCACGAUGAUGUUGGAUGGUUAAAAACAGUUGAUCAAUAUUAUUUUGGAAGUAAAUCUAAAAUACAAAAAGCCGGUGUUCAAUACAUACUUGACAGUGUAAUUGAAGCAUUAUUAAAAAAUCCUGAAAGAAGAUUUAUAUACGUUGAAACUGCAUUCUUUUGGAAAUGGUGGUUAAGACAAAACGAAAAUGUAAAAAAAGAUGUGAGAAUGUUGAUAAAUACAGGAAGAUUAGAAUUCAUUGGUGGUGCUUGGAGUAUGAACGAUGAAGCUGUUACUCAUUAUCAAUCCAUCAUUGAUCAAUUUACAUGGGGAUUUAGGAGGUUGAACGAUACUUUUGGUAAUUGUGCAAGACCACACAUAGGUUGGCAAAUAGAUCCUUUUGGUCAUUCGAGAGAACAGGCAUCUUUAUUUGCUCAAAUGGGAUUUGAUGGGAUGUUGUUUGGUCGUUUGGAUUAUCAAGAUAAGUCACAACGUUUGAAGGACAAGAGUAUGGAAUUUAUUUGGAAGGCUAGCUCUAGUCUUGGUAAUCGUGCCAACUUGUUUACUGCUGCUAUGUUUAACACUUACAGUCCACCGCCUGGUUUUUGCUUUGAUGUAUUAUGCGACGAUGAACCAGUGAUUGAUGACCCUGAUAGCCCUGACUAUAACGUUCCUAAGAAAAUAAACGAUUAUCUAGAAUACGCGAAAGAACAAGCAGAACAUUUUCGUACAAAUAAUAUUAUAUUAACUAUGGGAGGAGAUUUCACUUAUCAACAGGCGGAAAUGUACUUCACGAAUCUGGAUAAGUUGAUAAGAUACGGAAAUGAAUUAAAUGGAUCAACGGUUAAUUUAAUUUACUCGACGCCAUCUUGUUAUUUGAAAGCAUUACACGAUGCAAAUAUUACUUGGCCGUCAAAAUCCGAUGAUUUCUUUCCUUAUGCAAGUGAUCCUCAUGCUUAUUGGACAGGAUAUUUUACUUCAAGGCCAACUAUCAAAUAUUUCGAAAGAAUGGGAAAUAAUUUGUUACAAAUGACCAAACAAAUGGCCGUAUGGGCAAAAUUGGAUCAUAAGGAAAUAGAAAAUUUAGAAAAAUUCCGUGAAGCUAUGGGAGUCAUGCAACAUCACGAUGCAGUUACCGGAACGGAAAAACAAUUGGUUGCAAAUGAUUAUGCUCGUUUAUUGUACGAGAACUUGGUCAAUAACAACAUCGUCGCUGCCAAUUCUAUUUACAAAUGGGCCAAUGAGAAAAAUUCAACGACAAAAUUGAUAGUGUCUUCCUGUUUAGAAUUGAACAUAAGUUCUUGCCCUUAUACAGAAAAUAGUAGACAGUUUACAUUGAUAAUAUACAAUCCACAAAGUCAACCAGUUUCUACGUACGUUCGUUUACCAGUAAAUGGAAGUUCUUAUGAAGUAUUUGAUUGGGCAGAAGAUAUUUCAAUUUUAUCGCAAAUUGUACCAAUACCCAAAAGAGUUUUACAAAUACCUGGAAGAGAAAGUAAAGCUACUAAUGAAUUAGUAUUUCGCGUUAAUGAUUUACCACCAUUAGGUUACAAAGUGUAUGAAGUUACUGAAAAACCUAAUACGUAUGAAGAAACGCCAUCUGAAUCAACUAAUUUCAUAGGAGGAGACUUAUACACAAUAACCGUUGAUGAAUCUGGUCAUAUUGCUGUACAAUAUAACAAUCAAAAUGACAUGAAUUUUGUUCAAUCUUUUCAUUAUUAUGAAGGAGCGGAAGGUAAUAACAAAGUAUUUGAAAAUCGAUCAUCCGGUGCUUAUAUCUUUAGACCAAAAACUUCAGAGAUCCAUGAUUUUGUAUACGAGGGAGAUUAUUCAAUAGUUAAAGGUCCCUUAGUAGAAGAAAUUCAUCAAAAUGUUAAUCAAUGGAUCAGCCAAGUUGUCAGAGUUUAUAAACAAGAGGAACGUAUUGAAUUUGAAUGGCUCAUUGGUCCUAUUCCUGUCGAAGACAAAAUAGGUAAAGAAGUAGUAACGAAAUAUACGAGUAAUUUGAAUUCCGAUGGUGAGUUUUAUACGGAUAGCAAUGGUCGUGAAACAUUAAAACGUAAACGGGAUUACAGACCAACUUGGAAUUUAAAAUUAUACGAACCAAUUGCUGGAAAUUAUUAUCCUGUAACUACGAAAAUGUAUUUGAAGGAUAAAAAUAAACCAUUGAAGUUAUCCGUAUUUACUGAUCGUUCACAAGGUGGUACCAGUAUGAAAGACGGAGAAUUGGAAUUAAUGCUUCAUAGAAGAUUAUUAAACGACGAUGCAUUCGGUGUUGGUGAAGCUUUGAACGAAGUUGCUUACAAUACUGGUCUUGUAGUACGUGGUAUUCAUUACGUUUAUGGUGGUAAUACCAAAAAUCUUGAUGCUUUCACAUUGAAAGAGAAAAAAUUAAUGUUAGAACAAACACUUCGUCCAACUAUACUUGUUAUACCUUUUAUGCAAAAAAAUAUUGAUAAUUGGCGUAAUACUACUUCAUUGAAAAAAUUAGGAUUGGCCAAAGCAUUACCACCAAAUGUUCAUGUACUUACAUUAGAACCUUGGAAAAAUGGUACUAUUUUAUUAAGACUUGAACAUUUAUUCGAAGCUGGUGAAGCUGUGCAAUUAUCUGCACCCGUAGAUGUUAAUAUUAAAGAUUUGUUCACAUCAUUCAAUAUAAUAUCGAUUAAGGAAACAACAUUAGGUGCUAAUCAAUGGUUAGAAGAUAAUAAUCGUUUGAAAUGGAAUUCUGAAGUGAACGAUAUUCUAAAUAAUAUGGAAGAUACAUUUUAUCCUGUCAAAAUUCAAAAAGAUGCUAUUAAUAUACAUUUGAAACCAAUGGAAAUACGUACUUUCAUUUUAGAAAAUUUUCCAAAAAAAAAUGAAGAUGAUUCAUGGGCUCAAACGUUGAUAACCAUAACCCCGGAAGAUGAUGCUGUAUUGAGAGAAAUUAAAACAAAGGUCACGGUUUCUGAUAAAGCGAGUACAUCUUUGGAUUUAAACACCGAUAGUUUUAUUUACAGAAGACCCUUAACACCAAAAUAUCUCGUGGAUGUUAACGAAUUGGAAGAUGAAAAUAUAACACAUGCAGAAGUUCAAACAUAUUUGCAAGGAUUAUCUGUCGUUGAUAUUCCAAUUCGAUACAAGGAUCAAAUUUCACAAACAUUGUAUAUGAGUGCACCAUGUCCUACCAUAAAAUAUUACAAAGAUAUUAUGACAUCCAUGAGAGAUGGUCCAAUACCUGAAUUCAAAAAUACACGUACAAUACAAACCAAACUUACGUUUCAUCCAAAUACAAAUGUUCAAAUUGUUACGGAAAGUUUAAAAAUUAAUAUUAAUGAUAACGAAACGAUCAAUGAUGAUACAAUUUUCGUAUGGAACGAAGAUGAUUAUUUGCAAACCGAGAUGAAUGAUUUGAUAUCUGAUAUUAUUUAUUAUUUACAAGAACGUACAUUUUGGAUUUUAGAUCCUACGAGUCUUUCGUAUCCCAUUACUAAUGAAAAUUAUGCUCAAACUUUGAUAAAAUACAAUCUGAUUAUGGAUCACGUAAUUAUGGACAAUGAAACUCAAACUGAAUUAACCUGUAAACCUAAACAUUCGAAUACCGAAUUAUUAACAGAUUAUCAUGCUAUUAAAAACAUGAUUUGUGAUAUUUUAAACGAAUGUUUGAACAAUGCUAUUGAAACGAGAAUCAUAGUUGACGAUAUUAUUGAUGAAAUUGUUGAAAGGGGUGUUGAAAUAGUCAGAUAUCCUCCAAGGGAUCAAAUUAUUCAAACUUUGGCAAGUUACAAGGUUGACGAAAAGAAAGAUGAUGUUUUACGUAAAUUACAAUUGACAAUUGUCGUUGACCCAUUGGAAUCGUCUAUCAUUGUUUUACAAAUCAUCGAUGAUUUGUUAAAAUCAAUUAAUGAAAUUGUAUCCAACAAUUCUCAACAAGUUGUUCAAACUAUUCUUAACGAUACGAUUUCAAAAUCCAUAGACAUUGGUUUAGAAAUAGAAAAAAUAAAGAAUAAUCGAUCGAAAGAUAAACUAAUGGAACAGCUCUUAGAUAAAAGAAGAAAAAGGAUAGCAAAAAUGUUGGAAAAAAAGAAAACAAUGACUGUAUUUACACAGACAAGUAUAUCAGGAAUACAUGAAGUAACAAAACUUGAUAAACUUAUUGAUAAUUGUCAUUGCAUUUGUUUAAAACAUUCUCAAUGUUAUAUAUGUAAUGCUAUAACAAGUGAUAAAGAUAUGAAAGAUAAUUUACAAAUGUUACGUACACAGGAUAUACUAUUAGCUUAUAGGCCAUGUAAUACUGUUAAUAGUCAAUUCAAUAUAAAAGUUGAUCAAGUAUCUUCUAGCGAUACAGAAAAAAAAUCAAAAACAAGUAGUACAAUAGAAUGUUUUAAUGAUACUAGUUCAGAAUCAGUAGCAACGAUCAAUGUUGCAUUCAAACCAAAAGAGAGAAUAAAUAUUACUGAUUCUAUCGAAGGAUGGACUCGUGCAAUUGAUGCUGCUUUGACUAUACCAUGGUCUCCUACAAGUUCAUUGAGUGAAACAGAUAGAACUGAAGGAUCCAAAAACAAAUUAACAUUGCAAACUAUGAAAGUAUUGCAAAUUUUGAAAAGUACUUUUUGUAUUCGAGAUACUUGUCCAAUGUCUGUGGUGGAAAAAUUAAAACAAAAAUCGUAUCAAGGGAUUAAUGAAUUCAAUAUGAAUUCAAGUUGUCAUACAUACUUUUAUUCAAAGACAAAAGAUUUGAACGUAAACGAAGAUAAUGUUCGAGAUGAAAGUAAUAUUUCAGAUAACAAAAUUGAUAGCAAAUUGUUUGAAAGUGAUAACUGUUUUUGUCAUAUUUCUUACUUUCUGAAUACUUGGAAUCAAUUUUCUAAAAAUAAUCAUUCCAGUAAACUCAAAAUAAUACCUAUACAAUUUAAUUCAUGAGAAGCAGUUUCGUAUAGAGAGUAACACGUAAAUAAAGCAAUCAAAAUUAAUUAAAGUUAUGAAAUAGAUCAGUAAAAUUUGAAAUUAAAUAAUAUCAUUGAUAAUACAUAAAGAAAACGUAUAAUGAUAAGUAUCAAAAUUGACGACAAAGAUAGAUUUUAUUAUUAAAAUAAAAAAUAAAAUAAAAAAUUGUUGGAAAUGGAUCUCUGAGUGCUUGUGUUUAUAAUUCCAGCUUAUUAUUUAUUUUUUUGUUCUUUAACCUAUCAUUGGUUUAUAUACCUAAGAAUACAAUCAUACUGGACAAAAUCCAUAUUCUAAUUUCUAUGGUGAUGGUAUUCAUUCAUUUUUGAUUAUAUGAAUUGUAAUGUAAUAAUGACUUGUAUGAAAUUCAUUAUUUACAGUUGACUAUUACAAUUAUUGAAACAAUUGAUGGGACAUUUAUCAAUACCCUCGUUCAAUAUUUAUGUCUUAAUAUGAUUUUCAAUAGUUUUCAUCUAUUUUUAUAAUUUCCAAAAUUAUAAAUUAUUUUGAUGAUUUACGUACAGCCAAUGACAUUAUGAAAAAUCGUCAACAUUUACCAUUUGUUACGGAAUUUAUGAAUUGACUACUCAUUUCGAAUAAUUUUGUUAUACCAAAGUCAAACGAUACGGGUCAAAGAUUUCACAAAUUUUCUAUAUUUAGAGUCAAAUAAAUCAAGCUGUAUCUGUUAAAAUACAGACUGAAUCGUAUCUUCAAGC